AUGUCUACCGACGACUGUUAUAUUAAUAGACCAAUCAAGAAAACAGUACAAGUAUUAGAUAGUGAACUUCGUCUUCGUUCACUUACGAAUAGCAGCGAUUGUCGAUUUGAUGAAUUAACUAAUUUUUUUAAUAUAAUCAAUGGUUUAUUUCAUCAAUCAGCAUUUACAUUUGGUUUAAGCACAGAUAAAUUAACAUCUUUAUUGCAGUUACCUAGAAUAAAUGUUGGUAUUAAUAUGCAACAAUAUAAAUUAGACUUGUUAAAAAAUAUAACAUUCUAUAGUUUAAUUGGUAGAAAUGAAACAAAUACACCGACUGGUAUUAUUAAAUUUCAUACUUAUGAUAAGAAUUUAAUGUUGAGUAUCAAUCAUCGAUGGACAGAAUCUCUAACAACAGCAUUUCGUUUAAGAACAAAACCACAAAUAAAAUUUUCAUCACAUAUAGAAUAUCAUUAUCCUAAAGGAAUAUGUGAAUUAAUUAGUGAAUAUGAAACACAACAACAUUCAUCUAAUAUUCAAUUUAGUUAUUUUGCAUGUCUAUGGCAACAAAUGAAUUAUCGAAUCGAUGGUGGAAUUGAUUUUAAAGUAAAAAAUAAUAAUUUAAAAGAAAAAUUUGCUGAUAUUGGUCUUCGUCUUAAACAUUCUUCUGAUUCACUUAUAUUCAAAUGUGAUCUAUAUCAUCCAUUCAAAAAUUAUAUAAUCGGUAUUCAACGUUGUAUAAAUGAAAAUCUUACUAUAGGUUUACUUACUGAAAAAGUAAUAGAUUAUGAUCAACAACAAAAACCAAUUAAAUUUAGUUUCAUGUCUCAAUGGUAUUUAAAUAAAAUAGAUUUACGAGUCAAUACUUUAGUUAAUACUCAGAAUGAAAUGGGUAUUGCUUUAACACAUCAAAUUCGUCAUUUACCAAUUGUUUUACAAGCAUUUAGUUUAUAUUCUUGGAGUACACAUAAAUAUAAAUGGGGUAUUGGACUACAAUUAUCUCUUUGA